GUGCGCGAUUCACCCCGUUCGCGGCGUGUUCGAACGCGCUGCGGCAGCCAUGUUGGACGUGGCUAGCACAGGGGCCGGCACCAGGGGGUUAUAGAAGAAGCAGCUGUCACGAUGCUGGGGUCACUGGCGUUGAGAACAGCCCUAGUACCGCGGCUCCUCAUCCGACUGCUUAAGUCUCCAUCGCUCCGGAGCCAUGGGGGCGCAACCGGUCGGAGCGUAACCACCGGGGGCCGCGGGGAGCCGCAAUGGCUGAGGGCAGCCGCCGGGGGGCGCCCUGGGACAACGUCGGCCUUGCUCGCGGGACGAGGGGCAGCCGCCGGGGGGCGCCAGGGAGGACGUGCGGAGACCCACUGCUUUGCGGCCACCACGUGGGGACGCCUUCCCAUCCCUGAAGAAACACUCCCUGGACGAGAUGGCUGGAACGGGGUCCCCAGCAGAGCUGGACUGGGCAUGUGGGCCCUGGCCACGGCGCUGGUGGUUCAUUGCUACAGCAAGAACCCGUCCAACAAGGAUGCGGCCCUGGUGGAAGCUGCUCGUGCCAACAAUGUCCAAGAAGUCAGAAGGCUAUUAUCAGAAGGUGCAGAUGUCAAUGCAAGGCACAAACUUGGCUGGACAGCUCUCAUGGUGGCAGCCAUCAGCCGAAAUGACAGUGUGGUGCAGGUUCUGCUUGCCGCUGGGGCUGACCCAAACCUUGGAGAUGAUUUUAGCAGUGUUUACAAGACCUCCAAGGAGCAGGGAAUCCAUUCUUUGGAAGAUAAGGGACAAGACAGUGCAGGCUGGCGCAUCACUAACCAGUGGACAAGUGCCCUGGCGUUUAGCAGGUGGCUAGGAGUCCCCACUGGCGUGCUAGUCACCCGAGAGGAUGACUUCAACAACCGGCUAAACAAUCGUGCUAGCUUCAAGGGCUGCACAGCUUUGCACUAUGCUGUCCUGGCUGAUGACUACCACACGGUCAAGGAGCUGCUUGAUGGAGGAGCCAAUCCCCUGCAGAGGAAUGAAAUGGGACACACACCCUUGGAUUAUGCCCGGGAAGGGGAGGUGAUGAAGCUUCUGAGGACUUCUGAGGCCAAGUACCAGGAGAAGCAGCGGAAGCGUGAGGCUGAGGAACGACGCCGCUUCCCUCUGGAGCAGCGGCUGAAGGAACACAUCAUUGGCCAGGAGAGUGCCAUUGCCACAGUGGGUGCCGCGAUCCGGAGAAAGGAGAAUGGCUGGUACGAUGAAGAACACCCUCUGGUCUUCCUCUUCUUGGGAUCAUCUGGAAUAGGAAAAACAGAGCUGGCCAAGCAGACAGCCAAAUAUAUGCACAAAGAUGCCAAAAAGGGCUUCAUCAGACUGGACAUGUCAGAGUUCCAGGAGCGACAUGAGGUUGCCAAGUUUAUUGGGUCCCCACCAGGCUACAUUGGCCAUGAGGAAGGCGGCCAGCUGACCAAGAAGCUAAAACAGUGCCCCAAUGCUGUGGUGCUCUUCGAUGAGGUGGACAAGGCCCAUCCAGAUGUGCUUACCAUCAUGCUGCAGCUGUUUGAUGAGGGCCGGCUGACAGACGGAAAAGGGAAGACCAUUGACUGCAAGGACGCCAUCUUCAUCAUGACCUCCAACGUGGCCAGUGACGAGAUCGCGCAGCACGCGCUACAGCUGAGGCAGGAAGCUUUGGAGCUGAGCCGUAACCGUAUUGCCGAGAACCUUGGGGAUGUCCAGAUCAGUGACAAGAUCACCAUCUCAAAGAACUUCAAGGAGAAUGUGAUUCGCCCCAUCCUAAAAGCUCACUUCCGAAGGGAUGAGUUUCUGGGACGGAUCAAUGAGAUCGUCUACUUCCUCCCCUUUUGCCACUCGGAGCUCAUCCAACUGGUCAACAAGGAGCUUAACUUCUGGGCCAAGAGAGCCAAGCAAAGGCAUAACAUCACACUGCUCUGGGACCGUGAGGUGGCAGACGUGUUGGUUGAUGGCUACAAUGUGCACUAUGGUGCCCGCUCCAUCAAGCAUGAGGUAGAGCGCCGUGUGGUGAACCAGCUGGCAGCAGCCUAUGAACAGGACCUGCUGCCUGGUGGCUGUACUCUGCGCAUUACUGUGGAGGACUCAGACAAGCAGCUUUUCAAGAGCCCCGAACUGUCCACACCCCAGGCUGAAAAACGCCCACCCAAGCUACGGCUAGAGAUCAUUGAUAAGGACAGCAAGACCCAUAAACUGGACAUCCGGGCACCACUACACCCCGAGAAGGUGUGCUACACACUCUAGCAUAUACCUACCUGCCCAUACGUGCCCUCAACAUCCAAUAAAGGCCCCUUGGCUGUGGCAUGGCAACUGACCUAUCUUCCCCUCAUGCCUCUUCCUCCUCU